AUGACAACUGAAGAAAAUGAAUGCGAUGGCUUGGAAAGAAUCAUCGAUAGUCAGAAUUCAUAUAUGUGGAACGGGCAACAAGGCAGCUACAUCGUUGUGAUUGUCUAUGCGAUCGUUUGCACUUUUGGAGCGAUUGCGAAUUUCGUUGUGCUGAUGGCUUUCUGCAAGAAUGCAAGCUUGAGAACGAUGAGGAAUCGUUUCAUCGUCAACUUGGCCUUCUCGGAUCUUCUCCUUUGUAUGAUCACAGCACCGGCUUUCCUUUACCUCACCGCAAACAUGUUUUGGCCUUUUGGGGAUUUGUUGUGUAAAACGGUGGCCGCUGUGCAAGCAGUGAAUACUUUCGUCUCUUCUCUUACCCUCGCCGUCAUCGCUUUGGAUAGAGCACUGCUCACGAUUUGCCCAGUUCAAUGG